UGCGAGUUGUGGUUGGUUCAAAGGAUGACCCAUCAUCAUUCUUUUACUAGUUAUAUCUCGCCACAUAAGUGAAUUGUUGAUAAAAUUAUGCACUAAUUUAUGGCACUAAUACUUCUCCUUCUCUAUUGUAUGUUUUUUUACUCUCACAAACCGGUGGCCUCUGUUCUCAUCCGUUCCAUCUUUCUUUUUUCCCCUUUUCCAAUGUCAACGGUAACAAGAGAGCAAUAAUAUAACAUCAAAUUGUUCAUUCAUAUCUCCUGUGAAGAGAAAGAUCUAACUAUGGAUUCCAUGCCCAACAAGAAGAAGAAGCUCCACAUAGCCAUGUUCCCAUGGCUAGCUUUUGGCCAUAUGAUCCCCUACCUCGAGCUCGCCAAGCUUAUGGCUCAAAAGGGUCACCAUAUCUCCUUCAUAUCCACCCCUCGAAACAUUGAUCGCCUCCCAAAACUCACUCCCAGUUUGGCUUCCCACAUAGACUUGGUGAGGCUUCCAUUACCCCACGUGGAAAACCUCCCAGAAGAUGCCGAGGCCACCAUUGAUGUCCCAAACAACAAACUCCCGUACCUCAAGAAGGCUUAUGAUGCUCUCCAAGACUCCAUGGCUCGGUUCCUACAAGACUCACACCCAGACUGGCUUCUUUACGACUAUGCUCCUUAUUGGUUACCAAGUAUAGCCCGUAAACUCGGCAUCUCAAACGCCUUCUUCAGCACAGUCACUGCGGCUUUUCUCAGUUUCAUCGGCUCCAAAGCCCAUCUUGGUGAGCGUAAGAACCCCGAGGAUUUUACUGUGCCGCCCACCUGGGUCCCAUUCCCAACCACGGUGACAAUGCGCUUCUUCGAGGUCAUGAAAGUCUUUCAAGGCGGCAUAAGCACCGACAAGUCCGACGUCUCAGAGAUUUUUCGAGCCGUGGAAGUGCUCGAUGGCUGUGACAUAGUGGCCGUGAGAAGCAGCGUGGAAUUCGAACCAGAAUGGCUACGAGUUCUUGAGGAUCUUCACCGGAAACCUGUUCUUCCCGUUGGUCAACUUCCCACUGUUGUGUACGACAAUGGUGAUGAAACUGUGACUUGGUUGUGGAUGAAAGACUGGUUGGAUAAGCAAGCCAAAGGUUCUGUAGUGUACGUAGCAUUUGGGAGUGAAGCGAAGCCUAGUCAAGAGGAACUCACUGAGAUUGCUCUUGGGUUAGAACAAUCCAACUUACCCUUCUUCUUGGUACUAAGAACUCGACGUGGCCAAGCUGAUACUGAGUUGAUCGAGUUGCCAGAAGGGUUCGAGGAGCGAACCAAAGGACAAGGAUUGGUGUGUACGAGUUGGGUACCUCAGCUCAAGAUUUUAGCUCAUGACUCCAUUGGUGGAUUUUUCACACACUCUGGGUGGAGCUCUGUGGUGGAAGCACUUCAGUUUGAGAGAGCUCUCAUAUUAUUGACCUUCUAUGCAGACCAGGGGAUUAAUGCUAAGGUUUUGGAAGAAAAACAUAUUGGGUAUUUAAUACCGAGGAAUGAGCAUGAUGGAUCAUUCACUAGGGACUCGGUGGCUAAGUCUUUAAGGAUGGUGAUAGUAGAGGAAGAGGGCAAGAUUUACAGGGACAAGGCUAAGGAGAUGAAGGCCUUGUUUGGAGACAGGACAAGUCAAGAUCGAUACUUGGAUAGCUUCCUUGAUUACCUAAUAUCGCAUUCGAAAAACAUAUGCAGUUGUAUAAAUCCUAGUUAAUUAGUGGUAAUUGUAUUUGCUUCAAUGCUUUUAUCUCAAUUACUUUGUGUAUUUGUUUCAAGAUAUGGUGAUUGAGGCGUAUGUCCUUGUAGCAGAUUGUUUUUGUGUUUUAAUAAAGUUGUAUUUGUUUGAAAGAAAAUCCUAGUGAAUCUUCCGAAA